CGCCAAGACGCCACUUCCCUGAGUGGGGGAUGACUCAGCCCCAGUUACACCAGCACAGACACAGCUCUUCCUCCGGCCGCCCCAUGAGCCGCUCGGACACCGCUCCGGAGCCGGAGGCUCCGGUCGCUGGGGAUGGCUCCGAGGAGAAGCCGAUGGAGGAAGCAACGAGCAGCAAGGAGAAGGAGAAGGAGAAGGAGGAGGAGGAAGCCUUCCUCAUCAGCCUCUAUAAGUUCAUGAAGGACCGACACACACCCAUAGAGAGGAUCCCCCACCUCGGCUUCAAGCAGAUUAACCUCUGGAAGAUCUACAAAGCCGUGGAGAAGCUGGGGGCCUAUGAGCUGGUAACGGGGCGACGGCUCUGGAAGAACGUCUACGAUGAGCUCGGGGGCAGCCCCGGCAGCACCAGCGCUGCCACCUGCACCCGGCGCCACUACGAGAGGCUGGUCCUCCCCUACGUGCGGCAUCUCAAGGGGGAGGAUGACAAACCUCUGCCCCCCAGCAAGCCCCGCAAGCAGUACAAGGUCUCCAAGGGCACCGAGAUGGGCGAGAAGGGCAAGAGGGGCAAGAAGGAGAAGGGCCGGGAGCAGAUGCCUCCGGACAAGGCAAAGCCAGAGGCAGCAGCCGGCCCGGAGGAUGCAGAGCGGGGCCGGGUGGCAGAGGGAUGCUCCAGCCCGGUGGCCCUGAGCCCCUCGGGGGGGUGUCCUGACCCCUGCAGGACCCACAGCGAAACCUACAAGCGCCUUCCCUCCAGCUUCUCCUCCAAAGGCAACCCCCCCAUCAUGUCCCCGCUGGCCAAGAAGAAGCUGCUGGCCCAGGUGAGCAAGGCAGAGUCCUUGCACUGCCCCAAACGCCCCAAUGGUGACACCAGCCCCAAGCCCAUGGCCACCAGUUCCCACCUCGAUGAGCAGAGGAGCGAGGUGGGAGCCAUCACCGGCGCAUCCCGCUCUGGUCCAGCCACCAAGCCCUGCCCAUGGGUUGAUGAUGGAGGCCCGGUGCCCGCUGUCUUCACCGGCUGUUUCCAUGCGUACCGCAGCGAGGUGCUGCCCCCCGGCCGCUGCCCCCCGCUCUGGGGGUGUUUCUCCAGCUUGAAGGACUUCCUGGAGCCCCCUUCCUGCUUCCCACCCCGAGCCGAGGAGCAGGAGCAGCCCCAAGACCUGCGGAGCAAAGUGGGGCGGUCGUGGAGUGGCGACAGGGAGCAAGUGGCCACGGUCAAGGGGUGCUGGGUGCCCCCCAGCGCCAGCGUCACCCCCAUGAGGGGCAAGCACGGCCGGGGGGAGGAGGAGGAGGAAGAGGAUGAGGAGGCAGCCUUCAGCCCCAGUGUGAAGUUACGGGCUGUGUCCCCCUUCAUCAAGGACAUUGGGUGCCAGCAAGGCCUGGCCAAGCCCAAGGCCGUGGUGGCCACCCCUGGCUACACCACGCCGCUGCCGCAAGCCCCGGACGCUUCCAAGGGAGCGAUGCUGCAUUUCCCAGGCAGCUUUGGGAACCCGCUGGAGCACCUCAAAACGCAGGGGGUGCCGGUGGCACCGUCCCUCUCCAUCAAUCCCUUCAUCAUUCCUGCUUUCCCCAGCCCGUUGGUGGCCACCGGCCCCAGGCACUACACGGUGUCCUACGAGAGCUCGCUGCGGCACCGGCACUAUGGGGCAGCGACGUGGCAAAGCCAACCCCAUUCCACCCCCCGGCACGUACCGGCCUUCCAUCGCCAUGCCAAGCUGCAGUGAUGCUGUCCCCGUGCUGGACCAACCUCAUUCCAUGCGGAGGAGGGAUGCUGGGAUGCUGCAACUGCUUUGGAGCCUGUGGCAACGAAGGGACUGAGAGGAGACCAUCUGGAUCGUGGUGUUUUUACUCUUGAUCUUAGAGCUUUGUAUCCACUUUGUUAUGCUGGUGACUUAAGUACCAAUAUCACAAGGUUAUAUAUAUUAUAUAUAGAGAGAGAGAUGCAUACACACAUAAAAGAAAAGGGAGCAAAGU